UCUUGGUGGGACGGUCCCGUAGCCGUGGCAACCGCGGACCGCUGCCAUUACCGAUGACGGAGGGGUGUUCGCUCGUACCUGGAAUCGCCAAUUAAUAGAACAGGCCACGUCAUCUGCUACAAUACUCUGCGCUCUUUGCGCGAAGUUGCUGCCAAAGGAGUUCUUUGACUUCGCAAGUAGAGAAAGUUCUUGACGUUAGUCUUUCGCACACAUUGGAAUACCAUGAGGUGAUUCAACCUGGGUUGUCUGUGGUAGGAAGAACGAGAGACGUGUAUUCGAACCGGACAGCCGCCAUUUUCGAUUUCGGACACUGAGGUCCGGCUGUGAGUGAAUCGUGUCCGAAGAGUUUGAAUCUGUUGUGAUCUGGCGUGAGCGUGAAGUGUGUGGUGUUUUGGAUCGAGAAGAAGCUGGUUGUACGGCAAACAGGGAGGACUGGUUCCCAGAAGGUUGGCCAUGGAAGCAGAUCAGACUGGUUUUUCGGGUUCGUCGCCGUCCAGCGUAGCAGGUGUAGCGGCCGCUUCUUCUACCUGUAGCGACGAGGCGAACAACGGGGAAUCGACUCCCCCGACCCCCGGAGCAGGCAACAGGAACCACACUUACUACAACCAAUGUGCCAAUGAGAUUAUCGCAGUCAAAGAGGAACCUGAAGAUGAACCUCCAACAGUUGUGGUUGCUUCUAAUCAAACUCCUUUACCUUCCAUAUCAGAAGAAAACUGGAGAGCUUAUUAUCAGCCACCUUUGGUGGUACUUAACGGAGGCGUCGAAGAUGGAGUCAGUACUAUCUAUGAGACAUAUAAAUUGCCACCUCUUGCCAAGUUCGGAAAAGGGCUGGUUGGAAAAUUACCCGCAAUCUGGAGUGUGGCCGUGACAUCUCCCGAACCAGAGCUCAUCACUGCUCAUCCAGACUCAAUAUCUCCUGUACAGAGCCCGGCGCAACAACCGAGCGAUUUGUCAACUCCCGGAGCCAUAUACCUGCAUAGAGGCGAUAAGCCGGUCAUCGUUCAGACUGUGGACCGGGAAGACUCUGUCAUCCAGCCGGUCCCUGAUGGUAUGGUAGAGGGCACCGGAAAACCAGAGGACAAAGAGGGAAGUCAGGCGUUGCCCUUAUUGGCACCGACAGCGGUCGAAGUGAAGCAAGGCAGUGACGGGGAUGAUGGUGAAGCGGAUAUGGGAACAGAUUCUUCUCGCUCCAGGGAUAUCCAGGCCGAAACGUCUUCGGGCGAUAUCCCUCUGGAGGCAGCAACAUAUCCGUCAGGCGAAUUCUCACCAUCCUCUUAUGAACCACUAGGAACGGGACAAUACAGUGUCCUCACUAAUGUCGUUGUAACCGUCGCACCUCCACAGUAUGGCGCCCAAACUCCAGCUGUCAGCAAUGUAUAUACACUAACAACAGGCGACUAUUACAGAGAGUACUAUGCUCCCCAGCCAACAGAUCAAUACACCCAGGCUAUGAGGCAACAUCUGGCAACCUACCCAGAAGCUGUCGACAAUGUUGCCUAUGUCGAGAGGUAUAUCAGACAAAAUUACAAGCCGUCGCCACAUGGUCUAACGGUCGAUUUACCAUCACCAGAUUCUGGAAUUGGGGAAUCGACGGUGACUCCCAGAGAUUCCUUGCAUCAGAUAUUCGAUUACGCUGAAAUAACGCAAGCACAGCCCAUACUGCAACCUACAGACGAGGACUCUUCAACGACGACCUCAAGAACUACACCAGUGCCAUCUCCAGCAAGAAAAAAUUCCUGGAACCACGAGUAUGGCAGAAAUGCAGAGCUAGACAAAGUCCAGAUUCCUAAAUUAUUUUCCGAUGUUGGUUUUCAUUACUACUUAGAAUCUCCUAUUUCAACCAGUCAAAGAAGAGAAGAUGACAGAAUGACUUAUAUUAAUAAAGGUCAAUAUUAUGGUAUCACUCUAGAGUACAUUCCUGAUCCUGACAGGCCUCUGAGAAGUUGUACUGUAAAGUCCAUUGUGAUGCUUGUAUUCCGAGAAGAAAAGAGUCCAGAAGAUGAGCUUAAAGCAUGGAAAUUCUGGCACAGUCGGCAACAUAGUGUCAAGCAACGAAUACUUGAUGCGGGUAAGAAGCAUAGAAAGGAAUUUUCAGCUUCCAAUAAUAAUGAUACCAAAAACAGUUGUGGUAUCAUAGGUCAAAUUGAAGAACUUACCCAUAAUGCCAUAGCUUUCUAUUGGAAUCCAAUGGAAGGUCCUGCAAAGAUUAGUGUAUCAGUUCACUGUCUCAGCACGGAUUUCAGUAAUCAAAAAGGUGUAAAGGGUUUCCCUCUUCACAUACAGAUAGAUACAACAGAUGAUUUAAGGGAAGGAGCUCUACCUAUACAUAGAGGCUAUUGUCAAAUCAAAGUAUUCUGCGAUAAAGGUGCUGAGAGGAAAACGCGAGACGAAGAAAGGAGAGCGGCCAAAAGAAAAUUAACAGCAACAGGAAGCAGUAGAAAGAAAAUUGAAGAAAUGUACCACCCACCAUGUGAAAGGUCUGAAUUCUAUUCCAUGAGUGAUCUCUCCAAACCACCAAUACUUUUCACACCUGACGAAGACACAGAAAAAUCAAAUGGACAUGAAUUAACAUUUUAUACAAUUGCUACAACACCAGAUGAAGCUGCAGGGACUGUAUCAGAGGUAAAGGCUCCCCUUGAAAUUCCUAUUACACCUCCAAUAAAGAAAUUCAAACUUGCACCUGUAGAUCGAGAACUAACAGUGUCCUAUUGGGACUCAGUGCUACUUUAUGUGAAGCGGGCUGAUGAAGGUGUCUUCCAUCCUCUCCAUCUUGUUCCACCAUCAUUAGCUGGACUUGCUAAAGCAUUGGAAAGUAAAUACAAUAUUACAGCUGACUUAAUAAGAAAUUUUUACAAACGAUGCAAGAAAGGAAUUACUGUGGUAAUGGAUGAUGAUAUAGUUCGCUUAUAUUGCAAUGAAGAUACAUUUAUUGUGGACAUCAUCAAAACAGAAGAUAAUAAAUAUGAUAUAACUUUAGAAGAACUCUAGUGUGAUGUAUUAUUUGCUCUUCCAAUCAUCCUUCAGUUUGCCAUUAUUUCUGUACUUGUCAUAAAGCAAGUAUUGAAAAAUCAGCUCACUUCCUGCUGAUAUUCAGCAAUGCAAGAUUUUUUACAACUUUUGCUUCACUAAAUUUUGUUGCAUGUCAUUUUGGGGAAUCAUUCAAGCUGUAAUUCAUGUACUAUUAUUAUUUCAUAGGAAGCAUAUUUUUACGAAACUGUUUUCCUUAAAAAGUUAAUUUGCUUUGGGACUGGUUAUUUAAUGUCAUUUUAAAAGUUUUCACUUUAUGGAAAGCAUGAGCUUCUAUAAUUUGUCUUAUUUUCUGAAUCUUGUCUAAUCAUUGUUUUUUUGUAUGCAUUUCUCAAAAUUUAAAUGAUAUGAUGAAAUGUGUAUAAAAUCUUUUUUUUACAAUCAGUCAUAAUGUUGUUGUGAACAUAUAUUAAGUAUUCCUUCAAUAAAAAUAUAAUCUUAUCUUUCAAUUCUGCUAAAAAUAUUGAAUGUAAACAUAGUCUGGUGCCAAAUCAUGAAACUUUGUUUUUACAUCGUUGUGUAAUAUGUUGUAUUUUGCAUAUUUUUACAAUUUAUGAAUUUUAUGCUCUACUGGACCUUUUCAAUAUUAAAAUUCUAGAUGUGUUUAAUAAUGAAUUUACCUAAACUUUCCAUAAAAUAUUCGGUAAUGUGUAGCUUCUGUAUAAAAUUGGAAUGCAUGUAGAAAUGAAAAUAUACUGUGGAUGUUUUAAUAAAAUAUAUAAUCUAAAGUACAGUAAGAAAAUUCUUAUAUAAUUAACAGAAGUUUAGUCUGCAAAUGAAGACUAUAAUAAUUGGUUGUUAUAAAUUCUUACUGCUUACACAGUUUUUAUAAAGUAUAUGUGUUUUGUAACUUUUAAUGUGCAUGUUGAUUAUUCUUCUCUGUUUAGAUCAUUUAUAAAUUCUUCCUUAGAAUUGUGAAUAGCAAAAUUAAAAAAAGAAAUCAUUUAUCAAUUUUUUUAUCCCUCCCCCUUUUUUAAACAACCAAUUCCUUAUAUAUUGAGCCUUAAUCAAAAUAAUGCCUGUGUUAUAAAUUCUUACUGCUCACACAGUUUUUAUAAAGUAUAUGUGUUUUGUAACUUUUAAUGUGCAUGUUGAUUAUUCUUCUCUGUUUAGAUCAUUUAUAAAUUCUUCCUUAGAAUUGUGUAUAGUAAAAUUAAAAAAAGAAAUCAUUUAUCAAUUUUUUAUCCCUCCCCCUUUUUUUAAACAACCAAUUCCUCAUAUAUUGAGCCUUAAUCAAAAUAAUGCCUGAUAUUGUAAAUAUGUUUACAUAAUAUUUAUUAUAUAGAAAUGUGAUAACAAAGUAUUUACUUUGGACACACUUGUUUUAAGAAAGUAUGUGUGAAACUAUAUUUACAUAGUAAAAGCAAUUUGUUGUUUUACAACUUUUGGGAGUGAGGGAGGACAGAAAGGAUUUUCCUCUCUCAAGCUUUCAAAUCUUCCAAACAAUAAAAGCUUUCAAACUACUUAUCAGAUAUUUUUAUAUUAUAUAUAUCUGCAUUAAAAAAGUUGAGAUUAUGUAGUAUUUCAAUAAUUCAAAGAAUUGUAUAUAUAUUGUGUCUAAAAAUGUACACUGAGUCUUUCAUGAGUUGUUGGGGAAGGGUGUUAGUUUUUUUAUGGCAGUUCCACAAAGAAUCUGACACAUAAAUAUAGUUAUUUAUCAUUUAUAUACCCACUACUUUCAUGCUUUUGGGAAUGUGAUAGUUGCUACCUCUUUUUAUGAAUUUUAUUACAUCUGAAGGUUGUAAGAUGUUUGCUAGUGAUUUGUCAUGUUUUCUUACAGUACUUUGCUCAUUCAAGUGAAACUGAUACUAUUUUAAAAUAGAGAAACAUAUGUGAUUACAAAAGAAUAGUUUGAAUGUAAUAGAAAAUUUUUAAGCAUAUUUUUAUACUAAAGCUUGUGCUUUCCCACCUUUAAAUUUUAAAAACUUUCAAUUUUACUUCCUAUCAAAGGUGGUAAUCAACUUCAUAAUACUAUGAAUUCAGAACUAUAAUAUUUUUAAAAAUUCACUACAUAAUUUUUGUUUAUUAGAAUAACAUGAGAAUAUGGAUCAUAUUCUUUUCAUUAGAAUACUUGCAAUUUGAAGCACAAUAGCAAAGAACUGUUUUUUGGUUCAUUAAUUUAUAAUUUUCAUUUGCAGUGUAAAUAUUUUUACCAAAAUAAUAAAUACUGAAAGAUCUCAGCAAAUUUAGGUGCAAAGUUGAGAUUUUUCGUUACAUAUUUAGACUUGCAAAUUCCUAUAAGUUAACUCAUUCUUUUGAGUGUCUUCCAAUAUAUAUAUAUUACUCGUUAAAAUCGCACAAUAUUAUGUAUUAUUUGUUUUUCAAAUCUACUUAUACUGUUUUUGUUUAAUAUAUUUGUUAUGGUAAUCAAAAGGCAGCUGAAAAAUCUCAAGUAUAUUUUUGCUCUAAUGCUUUUAGGUUUUCUACUGUAAUUAUAAUUUCUUGUACAUAUCUGGGAUUUGGUAUCUAAAAUGUACAGUAUGAAUUAUUAUGAUUUGAUAUCAGUGUAAAUAUACCAUCUUUUUUAAAAUAAAUUGUAUCUUUUCU